CCAUCUUCUUAAGGGAUUAUGCAGCUUCGGAAAUCGCGCUCAUCGGGACGAUGCAGCUUGCAUUGAUGUAUCUUACUGGGCCGGUCGUGGCUUCGCUGUUCGACGCGCAUGGAAUUAAGCUGAGCAAGGAAUGACUGCUAUGCUCAGCUGGAAAUGUCCCGUUAUGCUGAUUGAGACAUAAAGUAUCUCUACCCAAUUGGUGCCUUGGGUUGCUCCGUUUCUCUAGUGGGACUGUCAUUUACGCAACCGAACCAUAUCUGGCAACACCUUUUGCCAAGGCCUAUGUUAGGUUUGACAGUCGCUUGCGGUGUCCAACCAGCUCUCACAAUUAUUGGACGCCUCUUUAAGCAUCGGAGAGCAUUGGCAACGGGCCUCGUUGCGUCCGGAAGCAGUGCAGGCGGCGUAGGUUUUCCAAUCAUGUUCUCCAAAUUGGUUCCACUUGUAGGAUUUGCUUGGGCUCUGCGUGUUGGAGUGCUGGCCUCCAUUGUCUCCUAUAAAAUUGCUUGGUGCAUAACUAGGACAAACCAAAACUCGAAGCAGCUCAAAUCACUCGCAGAUUUAUUCGAUUUAGGUGGAUUUAAGGAUGCUCGAUAUAUUUACCUGUCCCUGGGUAGCUUUAUGACAAAUCUGGGCUUAUACGGACCUUAUUACUAUGUUGAGCCAUUCUGCACCCUCUUAGAUCCGGCUGCCAGUGUUAAAGUAUACUUACUCCCACUCAUUAACGCCUCCAGUCUAGCCGGUCGUAUCAUUGGAGGCUAUGUUACUGAUAGUAACAAUAAUUAA